AGGGAGGUGGCGGCGCCGUGGCGGAGGAGCAGGAGCAGGAGGGGGAUGGAGAGGAGAAGGCUCCUGGGUGGCAUGGCGCUCCUGCUCCUCCAGGCGCUGCCCAGCCCCCUGUCAGCCAGGGCUGAACCCCCGCAGCCAUCCAUGAGGUAGGAGGUCUUAUCUCCUUUAUACUGUGAGGAAACCGAAACUCAACGAGUUGUCUAUUCAGAAUCACACAGCCUCUCUCUCCAGGUUCAGGACAAAUUAAGCAAGACCUUUCUUGGAAGAAAACUGGCUGUGUAUAAUGCAGCACACACCAAGGUGACACUGUUUGUACUACCUGAGAUUGAAGCCACAAUGCUUAUCGGAACUGAUUUGUAAGAGUCUUGCGACAGCGCCAUAAAACACCUCAUUUCCCUACUGUCCCCUAAAGGAUGGAGCCAAAGAAAACAUUCACUUCCUCCAGUGACAUCCCAUGAGUUUGAUCCACCCCCUCCCACCCCUUUUCCUUGAAGAGGAUAAGGAAACCUGUGUGGGUACCAACAAUCAAAGCUACAUCUGUGACACAGGACAUUGCUGUGGUCAGUCUCAGUGCUGCAACUACUACUAUGAACUCUGGUGGUUCUGGCUGGUGUGGACCAUUAUCAUCAUCCUGAGCUGCUGCUGCGUCUGCCACCACCGCCGAGCCAAGCACCGCCUUCAGGCCCAGCAGCGGCAACAUGAAAUCAACCUGAUCGCCUACCGGGAAGCCCACAAUUACUCAGCGCUGCCAUUUUAUUUCAGGUUUUUGCCAAAUUAUUUACUACCUCCUUAUGAGGAAGUGGUGAACCGACCUCCAACUCCUCCCCCACCAUACAGUGCCUUCCAGCUCCAGCAGCAGCAGCUGCCUGCACAGUGUGGCCCUGCAGGCGGCAGCCCCCCGGGCGCCGAUCCCACCAGGGGCCCCCAGGGGGCGCAGAGCAGCCCCUUGUCUGGGCCCAGCAGAAGCAGCACGAGACCCCCAAGCAUCAUCGCUGACCCUGAGCCCUCCGACAUGCCAGCCAACCCAGCAGCCACCAAAGCCUCUGGAAUGGAGCCCAGCGGCUCUGUGGCCAGCCUGGGGGAGCUGGCCCCUGGGGCCUUCUUGGACAAGGAUUCCGAAUGUAAGGAGGAGCUGCUAAAAGAUUACAGCUGCGAGCAGGGCAGCGGCCUCCCUGACAGCAAGGACAAGACGCCAGGCAGACAUCGCCGCUUCACGGGCGACUCGGGCAUCGAGGUGUGUGUGUGCAAUCGGGGCCACCACGACGACCUCAAAGAGUUCAGCGCUCUCAUCGACGAAGCUCUGGAUGGGCCCCUGGACUUCUGCGACAGCUGCCACGUGCGGCCCCCUGGCGACGAGGAGGAAGGGCUCUGCCAGCCCUCUGAGGAGCAGGCCCGAGAGCCUGGGCACCCCCACCUGCCUCGGCCACCCGCGUGCCUGCUGCUGAACACUAUCAAUGAGCAGGACUCCCCAAACUCUCAGAGCAGCAGCUCCCCCAGCUAGAGCAGGCCCUGCCUGUGCCCGAGAACUUGGCAAAGCAACCAGGGUAGGGGAGAACCACGAGAGAAGCAUUAAGUGACUUUUAGAGCAAGUGGCACAGCCGCUUGGUUCUUUUCCUUUUCUUUUCUUUUUCUCCCCCUCCUCCGCUCCUCCAUGUUUGUACAUCUCCAGGUGCGGUUCGCCUCUCCCCCCGCAGAAGCGGUGUUGCAGAAGGCCAAGAAGAUGGUUCUGUGUCUCAUUCCCACCCCCAUCCCCUUUUUCCCUUUUUCAAGUCAUAUUUCACUAUCUGAAAUAUGGGUUGGAGAGAUAUGUAUUUCAGAAGCCCCCAAGGAAGGGGCUGAGACUGUGCCCUGAGGUGACUCUUGGUGAUGGAGUAGAAUUUUGCUCUGGUGUUAGUGUAAGAGAACCUUCCUGUGUCUCAGCCCGGAGAGGCAACAGGUCUCGGUCCUGGGUGAAGAAAGAAGCCCGCAGAGACCCUGGGGUUGUCACCCCUCGCCAUUGUCUGCAGAGCCGGAACUGGGCUAAUGCCGUGGGAGGAUGAGCAGUGAUGGGCACUCGUGCGGGAGGUUGGUAGGGGGCUUGUUGUGCUCUCAAAUCCAGACGAUGAGAUUGAUGCAUCACUGUCGUUCAUCCUUGAGGGGCUCUGGCCGGCUGCAACUGGUUCAGGUGUAGAAGAUUAUGCUGCCUUCUCUUUAGUUUUUCUUUUAAGAAAACAGAAACAAAAGCGAGCUGAAAACAAGAACUUUACCAGUGGGCAGGCAAGAAUUCUGUUCUGGAAAAGGGAAAUUUGUGGCCCUUUCCCAAGUUGGCCUUCAACGAGCCUGGCUGCCAUUGAGCCAGAAGGAGAUGUUUUGUGUACCAGCUUGGGUGGGGCUCUCCCUGGAACUUCUGUGGGUGCACAGGAGGCCCUAAGCCGUGCUGGUGGAUAGAGGCGCAGCUUUCUGCAUCUCUGCCCUUCGGUCUGUGCCCACAGGUGAUCAGGGCCCUCCCCGGUCCCAAGCACAGUCUGCGGGCCUUCCUGUCUCACUGUUCUCUGUGAACAAAUGAGGCUGGGGGUCCUGGGGCAGGGCAGCCCCUCAGCCUGGCUCUCACACAGUAUUUUCUCUUGAUUUCGAGUAAGUUUUUUUUUUUUUUUUUUUAACUGACCACUUGGAGACAAUGCCUUGGUUAUCUGUGGUUUCAUGCCCUUUCCCUGCUACUGACCCCCCACCCCUUGUGAGUGGGCUGACUAAUUGUUGUAGCCUAGGUGAAGAGUCUAAGUGGCCCAGGUAGGGGAGUGAGAGCAGCCGUCCAGAAGGACCACAGGAUCUUCAUGAGUGUAGUUUGGCUUCAGAUAACCAGUUGAGCUUCGAUAGGAAUAAUCUGAAUGGAGAAAGCAAAUAGCCGAAACUAACAUUCCCUGCCCAGCCCUCUUCAUAUGAAGAGUUUGGUUUUUUUCCCCCACUCUUGAAUGACGAUAUUCAUACUAGGCAUUGACGUUACGGUAAGAAAGGAAAAAAAAUGUAUAUGUAUACAAAAAUAGACAAACUCAAGGCUGUGAGGUGAACAAGUGUCUGCAUUUGGAGUUCACAAAACCAAAAUCCAUGUUGAACAAAGUGAAGUCCGUAUACAAUGACGUUUUGGAUAA